AACAAAUGUACAUUUCCUGCAGCACCCUUAGCCAAAAUGCAUUAAAUCAGUGCUGCAAAUGAAGAAAUAAAGUGGUGACAAUGAGGGUUUCACAACUGCACUGUGGAAAAAUGCCUUUCUAUAAAUCCCACAAUCACUGGAGAAAUAUGGUACUCAUGUGGACAGUUAUUUAGCACUAGUCCAGGCGUGCGAAUGUGUGUGUGUGUGUGUGUGUGUGCGAUAUAAUGCUGUGACAAACAUUCAGAGGUUUCGCAUCUGUUACACCAUCAAUCAUGCAUCGCACACUGUCCAGGGGGCGGGUCUGUCUGAGCACGUGACAAUCCCCAUCCAAUCAGAGUGCGUGAAACGCUUGAGUGACGUAUGCAGGGCGAAAUUUGAACAUUGUCCGAACUGCCGUUGUUUGAAGACAGGAAAUAAAGCGGUCGGACAGACGCAAACACUGGACUCAUAAGGAGACAUUUACUCAUUGUUUUACUAAAUAAAAUGAGGUUUAAGCGGAGUAAAGUGGGAGAAUUAGAUAUAAGCGGAGUUUGGUGUCUCUGAUCGGUUGAUUUUUAUCGAAAUGCCUCAGGCGGAACUGUAGAAAAGUCGAAUAACGUCAAUCGUAACGUAAAUUAACGUAUAUUUACAUCCUUUUAAAAUAUAAAUAGCGUAUUUCUGCAUAUUGCGAGGCUUUCAAUAGAUAUUAUACGUCAUAAUGAGGGUUUUGGAGAGAAAUGUGGUUCGUCUGGCCGUCGUUCAGCAUCUUCGGUCGGUUUAUGGAAUCCGGAUAAAGAACUGGAAUAAAAACAGAAGCAAACAGACAUCCGCGAACACGGUCAGGGUGUUUGGAGUUGCGCUGGAAGGUCUGCCACACAGCCAUGUGCUAGACUAUGGAGAUUUACCCUGCUUUUUAGUGGAUAUUUGUACAACUCUCCUGGAUCAUCUGGACACAGAGGGUCUGUUCAGAAAGUCUGGCUCUGUGGUGCGGGUCAAAAGCCUCCGGGCAAAACUGGACCAGGGUGAGGACUGUCUGUCCGCUGCUCUCCCGCUGGACAUUGCUGGACUCCUGAAGCAGUUUUUCAGGGAGCUUCCGGAGCCGGUUUUGACUGUAGAUCUGCACAGUGCUUUCCUGAAGGCCCAGGAGCUUCCCACAGCAGAGGAGAGGACCUCAGCUACAGUCCUGCUGUCCUGCGUACUGCCCGACACAAACUUAAACACACUGCGCUACUUCUUCAGCUUCCUGAAGACCGUCUCUCAGCGAUGUGCUGAGAAUAAGAUGGACAGCAGCAAUCUCGCAGUUAUUUUUGCACCGAAUCUCUUUCAUUGUGGCGACGGAGGAGAAAAGAUGAGCAGCAGCACAGAGAAGAGACUCAAGCAUCAGGCAGCGGCUGUACAGUGUCUGAUAGAGAACGCUCAACGUAUAGGUGUGGUUCCUCAGUUCCUGAUGGAGAAGGUUCCAGCCAUGUUGGGUUGUGAUGCUGCUGUGUUUUCUCCAUCCGCCGUGUCUCCAGAGGACAGCAAUGCUCACUUCGACCUGAAGAAAAGCAACAGACGCAGUUUAGGAGUUUUCUCCAUGGCCACUCCGGUCAUCAUGACUCCAAACUCCAAGCGUAAACUUCCUCUGGAGUCGUCUCAGACUCACGGCUUCUCCAACAAGAAACGCAGGUCCAUCAAGAAGAACCUCGGCCUGGAGCUCUUCCCCAGCGUGUUGUUUGGAGGAACAUCUACUCCAGGAUCAACUCACAGCGCAGCAGGGGUUCUGGACUCGUCUCACAGUGGUUUGCUGUCUUCAGUGGGCAGAAACUCUCGUCUGUCCAGCAGUUCUGCCAGGAGAAAGAGCAGACGGCUGAGAGACCGUAGUGUCAGCAGAGUUGAAUCAGGGAAGGCGGGCUGUUUCUCUCCCAGAACCGCUAAGAAAGAGCCUGUGAGAAAAUCUCUCCGUCUGCGCUUCAGUUUGGGCAAAUCCAGCCGAGAUUCUAACCUCAUUACACAUUCACAACCGGUGCCAAAGGGGUCAGAGGUCAUAGGUUGGCGCCUAGCAACACAAGAGAGCUCUACCGGUUUUCACUUCACCAAGGAGUUAAGUCUGCCUGUUUUAAGCAAGAGCCCCUCGAAAGGCUCAAAGUUCUUCAGUAAAUCAGAGGAUAACCUGUCGACGCCGCAGUGUGAUUUUACAGAUCACAGGAGCUCGUGGACUGGAGAAACUCCUGAAACAGGACUGACCUUCCCGACCGAUUCAUUCUCUGAGACUCCACUGAUCAUCGUAAGCAAACCUCCUACGAUCAGCAGCGUUCCCGAAACCACCCCUGAAGAGUGCUCUCACACCGGACACACGCUUCUGAAGAUCAGACAGGCUUUUGGAGAGUCCGGCAGUGAUCUUCAUAGCAUCAUUACACAGAAAGAUCAACAAGAUGAUUCCUCUAAUGUGCAUUUGCCUUCGGAAACUGCGCAUAAAUCAAUAUCUGAGUCCGGCCAAUCAAACGAUGAUGUGACGUUCGGACAAAUCGAGAUCGUUCCCUUAUCACCUCUACACAUCGACAGCGCUCUGUUUGACAGUGAACCCACACGCUUUGUGGAAACCAGCCUUAAUGGAUCUCUAUGCUUCAAAAAUGAAUACCUAAAAGAGUCUGCGGUACGUUCUGUAAACUGUAGUCAAAUAAUCGAUGCUUUAGACAUCCAAAGUCCUGUGGCUUUCAGACUGGACACUUCAACUAGGGUUCAGUCAACUCCAUAUGCAACAAGAUCGCAGGUGAAUGCUAAUACAUCCCUGCAGGAUGAGCUCAGAGCGUCUUCAUUGGUGGAAAAGAAGAUCGAAAGUUCCCAAGAGCAACAAAAUAAUGCUGAAAGCAAGAAAAGCAAAGUGGCAGAUCAGAUUAAACUGUUUAACAUGAUGACGCUCCAUUCACCCAAAGUUCAACUGCUCCGUUCUCCUUUAAAGUUUCAGCGGACGCCAGUCAGGCAGUCCGUGACCAGAAUUAACUCUCUGGCUGGAAAGCGAAAGGAAAGUAGGAUGGGAUGGUGCGCCGCUAGUCAGGUAAAAGCUGUGAGUUUGGAAAGUGGUUUGUAUUCGAGUGUAAAACCCAAACCUCCAGUUCCAUUAAAGAAAACAGCAGUCAAGCCUGCAGCGCUGGAAGACAUCACUAAUAAAGCACCAAAGGCGAUGCUUUCGAACUGUAAGAAUGCUGCAGAUGAACAUCCCAAAUGUGUCCUGCUGAAAGUGUCUGAAAACGACACCAGCCACUACAGAGGAUCACCCAGACACCCUCUUGUGGAGGGAAGACUGCUGUCGGCCAUGAAGCCCAUCGACCUGUGAGAAUGAACAAUACUGCUUUCACGCAUUCAGGAGUCUUAAUUUAUAUGAUGUUUACAGGUGAACGAGGAGGUCUGAAUAGUAAGGGAAGUGCUUGAUCCUUCUGUUAUUGGUUGUGGAUUUCAGGAUCACAUUGAACUGCAGUUUGUUAUACAUCUGUUGUGCAAGAAAUGAAGAUUUCAGAUUUGAUGUGUUUAUAUAUACUGUAAAAAAAAUACCUGUUCAUUAACUGGUUCUGUAUUUCAUGAUUUAUGUGGGCUCUCCAUUUGUUUAUGGUUGUGAAUUGCAUUGUGGGAUGUUUGGGAUCAUUGCUGUGUUGGCUUUUGAUGUUGGAAAUGUAACUCUGCAAUUGAACAAAGUGACUUUUAUUGAAAUUUUAGUAGUUUGAAACUAUACAUUUAGUUAGAACAUAUUGUUUACAACACCGCCCUAAAGUAUAUUUCACUUCAAACUAUUAAAAUUGUCAAUAAAAGUCUCUCUUUCAGAUUUUAUAUCAUUAAAAGUGCCAUAAAAUCCAAGUCUAAUAAUGCAAUUCAAAAGCAUAAAUGAGGAAUAAAAACAUGAUUCACAGAAUAUAGAACUGCUAAUUUAUGGUUGUUUUUUAGGGUAAAUGAAAAGACGAGUGUGUGAAAGUGUGAAGACUGAUAUUAAUGUACGAAUAGUUGAAGAUCCUGUUUAGAGUGAAAAUGAAUGUUAGUAGAAUGGGAAAAGAUGUUGGUUUUUGGUAGGUGUCAGCUUAUUUAUAUUUUAUGCAAAAACUUUGAUUUUAUUUUCAAGAGCUUAAAGGCAACAUUCACAGUGUAACUCAUGAUAAUGUAUGUUCUGUUUUACAUUAUGUCAUAUCCUCAAUGCUGUCACUUGCUUAUAAAAAUGUUUUGCUUUUAUAAAAGAUGUUGUCAAAAGAA